GGGGGGGGGGGCAGGUGCUUAGCCUUGUUGUACAAGGCAUACCCCUCAUCGCGUGUCAUUGGGGUGCCUGUCACGCUGCGUGCCAUGCACGAGAGCCAUAUCUUUACCCCUUGAAAUAUUGAAAGAGCUCGGCCAGCUGUAAAUGUUGAAAGGAGGUGUAAGUCUUGAUCGACACUCAGAGGCCAUCAAAGAGCAUGUCAUUGCUGGCAACUGCCCACUCAGUCAGUCUGGGAGGCCAUCGAGUCGGUGCGGGGGCGACGAAAGCUUGCCGACACCUCUUCCUUCGUCGCACCCACCAGUUUUCGAAUUCAAGCGUCUAAAUCCGCUGCUCUUGACAGUUCGUUGCUGCAUGUGGAGUACUCGUAAAGCUGAGCAUGGGCUGCGGCUGCCUCAGAAGCGUACCCGCCACCUUUACGACUACCGUAUGCACUUCGAGCUACAUGUACACCAAGACGCGCCGCAUGAAUGCCGUUGGACAAGCACAGUGAAGAUGUGGGUGUGGUGGUAGGGUGGUGGGCUUUGCUUGAGGGGAGUGCGCCGUAGAGCAGGGAGGAGGUCCGGCAUUCAAAGAGCAGGGUGAUGGUCGCAACGUUGCGACGACGGGCGUUAGAUAGAGCGGGGAGGGCAAUCACGAACGUGGCCCUUAUGGACCCCAUAAUGGUUCAACGUGUUUACCCCGUUGCGUCUUUUGUUCAGGCGAUACCGCGUCUGUAUUUAACUCUACCCUAUCGUGAUUUGCGGUGCUCAAUUUGAGGCAGCCAAUAAGCAUCGAGCCUUGGAUAAGCGGUUCUUAAGUGCGGGCGCCAUCUGUAUAGCUGCUGCGGCAACUUCAUACCGUCUCAUACCAGAUUUCGUAGACUACAAGAAGACCCGUAGGUCGCAGAGGUGAAAACAAGAAACACGGGUAUGUGUUUGUACAACUAAGAGAAAUACUUCCCCGAUGGUGCUAUGAUAGCUGCCGAUGUGUGCAAAACGACGCGCAGCGCAUGAACACAGUGCCGGCCCCCUCGUAAGAAUCACCUAUUUCAGGAGAGGCUCAAACCNAAAAGUUAUGGCCCUAUUACCAUCGCUGUGAAGUAUACUUCACGCCACUAAAACCCACAUAUCUCAGCAACCACGCCGAACCCCGCGCAAAUUUUUGCAGCUAUCGAAAGCUCUCGUCCACGCCUUUUUUUUCGCGGUGGAACCAUUCCCCGAACCGGCGGGCAAAGUCCCGCAAAAAUACAAAAUUCCUCCUGUCGUGCCAAACAUAAAUGAUGUAUUAUGCACGAAAUGAUCAACUCUUCUUUACAUAUGGUCUGUGCUGCCCACUGAGGGGAGAGAUAUAACCAUACUCCCUGCCUACACACGGACGAGAGAGAUGACCAACCCAUUACAUUUGAACACACGAACACCCACAUAUCGGUGAUGGAACCUCAACCACACGCCUUACCUACGACCGACCACGUCAGGAGGCAAUGAUGAAAGAAUGUUCUCCCGUGCCCUUCGCACAUUUAUGGGCAUGAAAUUACACAAAACUGGGAGACCACUCCCGUGUGCCGCACAAUUUGACACAGAUGCAUGCAUAUGCAUACCAAACUCAAUUACUUACCAAAUCAUAUUCCUCGCGUUAAAUGCAUACCAAACUGGAAAUACACGUGUAAAAUGGAUGGAGAUCCACAACCAACAGGGUGCCACACAUAAAACACCCAACUAACUAACAGCCCAACACUUUUCGUCUACACCUUCCCAACAUAACAUAUAUAAGACACACAACACAGCUACCAAACUGUCUUGUUGAGCCUGUUAUCCGCAGGGGAGAUGUCCAUAUAUGCUGUCUGGGAAAUCGUGGACACACAACAGGUAGUUUUCUUUGACGCUAUGAUUCCAUUGCUAAUCUGUCUUUGACUCUUUUCUCUGACGGAAAUGGACUCGUUGUGUUGUAUUUGGA